CAGUCCCAAACUAUUCAUGGACCUGGCCAGCAUGAAAUUUGGAGCGUGUGGCACCUACAGGGAGAGCAGAAAAGGAUGCCCCAGAGGGAGGGAAAAUGCUCUCACCAAAAGAUGUGAAAGAGGAUCAGUGAGAUGGAUCAGAGAGGGCCCACUUGUGUUUGUGAAGUGGAUGGACACACGGGAGGUGUCUGUGUGCUCCACCAUCCAUCCUGCAUUUUCAGGUGACACAGUGCGGAGAAGGGUGAAGGACAGAGAUGGACGCUGGGCUGUGCGAGACUUUCCCUGUCCCACACCAAUCGUGGCCUACAACCAGAGUAUGGGUGGGGUUGAUCUGUCAGAUCAGCUCAUACAGUAUUACUCCACCCACAGAAAAACUGGUCACUGGUACAGGACCAUGUUGCUGCACUUCUUGGACAUUGCAACAACAAAUGCCUUCAUCUUGCACCGUGAGAUGAGCAAUGCCAAGCAGGUGCAGCCCAUGACACAUAAAGAUUUCAUGGUGGAGCUGGUGAGUCAGCUUUGUGGCAUGGACAAGGAAGGUGUUCCUCAGAGCAGGAGAGCUGAUCAUGUUCCUGUGCCCAUUGUCACAGCCACAGAUGCAAGCCAAAAAGCCACAAAAGGCAGACAGAGGUGCAAACAUUGCCUCCAGGUGGACAACAGGAGGAGUGACACACCCUGGAAGUGUCAGGCCUGUGAUGUGCCCCUCUGUGUUGUGGUGGACAGGAACUGCUUUUCAGAGUGGCACAAAUAAGUUGUGUGGCAUCUGAUUGUUUUGUAAAUAGUUGU